AUGGAAAUCGUGUCCUUGGCUAGACCACCACGAAGGACAGCUGUCCAAGUAGACAAAUUUGUCUACUACAUCAAUCGGCUUAUCGGCAAGCACGAGGUUAGGGGCGAGCAAGGUUUACAUUCCAUUUGCCCGUAUGCAUUGUCUCCACCGGCUGUGCUGCAGGAGGCCAGCAAAUUCGCUAAGUCUGUCCACUUGUGCAAUCCCAAUGAAAUUUGA